GACACCGUCCGCGGCCCUCCCCUCCAUGAACACUACGAGCCCCUCCGCGACACCGUCCGCGGCCCUCCCCUCCAUGAACACUACGAGCCCCUCCGCGACACCCUCCGCGGCCCUCCCCUCCAAGAACACGACGAGCCCCUCCGCGACACCCUCCGCGGCCCUCCCCUCCAUGAACACUACGAGCCCCUCCGCGACACCCUCCACGGCCCUCCCCUCGGCAAACGCCACGAGCCCGUCUGCGACACCCUCCGCGACACCCUCCACGGCCCUCCCCUCGGCAAACGCCACGAGCCCGUCUGCGACACCCUCCGCGACACCCUCCACGGCCCUCCCCUCGGCAAACGCCACGAGCCCGUCUGCGACACCCUCCGCGACACCCUCCACGGCCCUCCCCUCGGCAAACGCCACGAGCCCGUCUGCGACACCCUCCGCGAUGGCCCCCUCGGCAAACGCCACGAGCCCGUCUGCGACACCCUCCGCGAUGGCCCCCUCGGCAAACGCCACGAGCCCGUCUGCGACACCAUCCACGACUGUUCCCUUGGUGAAUGCAACAACCUCUUCUGCCUCGCCCUCUCAGAAGGUGACGUCUGUCUCUCCACCUGCCACUAGCUCUGCUGUAACAAGUACUGGCUCCUCGCUGGAGACCUGGUCCUCUCCUGCUGCUGCAAGUGGAACCAGUGGGGCCUCCUCUCCCACCACGGUGAGAGCCACAACAACAUCGCGGUCACAUAAUACGACCGGAACCCAAAGCACGCUGUCAAGUCAGAGCACUUCCGAAUCUGUCAAUACCUCCAGCACCACGGGACCACUUUUGCCUUCCUCAGCUUCGACUGGUACGAUGCUGCCAGUGAACACCACAACUCUCUCUGGCGUGACUGCUCAGUCCACGAUUUCCGCUGUGACAACCCCCACAUCGAUCGCAACCAGCUAUGGGCCAUCCAUGACUGCCAAGUCAACCACAUCCCCUAUGACGAAAAACACUGGCUAUCCAACAGGGAAUUCCACUAGCUCCAAUGUGGCUUCAAUGAGCCCAUCACAGCCUGCCUUUAACGCCAGUGUUAGCCCGGUGACAAGUCGCACUGGCUCCACAUCUCAGUCUACCAGCCACACUCUUCCAACUACCACAGCCAGCAACGUGUCCUCCACCACCAGCACAGCAUCCACUCUGCCGAAAACCAUCGAGAAUUCUCUCUCUACAGCAGUCCCAACAUCUGCCUUCAAUAUAACCUUCAAGAUCUUGAACAAGGAAUUUAAUGAUGACCUGAAGGAUCUAAACUCUAAACAAUCCAAGGACUUGAUUAAGCAAGUAAUUAAGGCGAUGGAUGAAGCUUAUGACUGUUCCACAUGUCCACUCCGCACAGUGUAUGUGGGCACAGAAGUUCUUAGGUUCAGUAAAGGGUCAAUCGACACUGAGACAAGAUCUACCUUCAAAAAAAUUGACAACAUAAACAGUGAAACAGUUUGGGAAAAUUUUCAGGAUGCUCUGGAUAAUGGCACUAUCAACAAUUUGGUGAUCAAUGAUUUAAAAGUGGAAGAGAUCAGGAGUCCCACCAGUGUGACCCCCGCAGCAGCAGAGCCGCCUGUGGUACCCGGGUGGGGUAUUGCUCUUCUGGUCCUCGUUUCCAUUAUCCUCUUCAUCCUCCUGCUCGCCUUGCUCUUCUUGAUCAUUUACUUGUGUCGACGCAAGACACGCAGGCAGUUCGAAUUGUUCGGUUCCCGAGGGUCAUACUUCCCAAUGGCGGAUCGGAACGAGUACCCGCAGUACACAUCACACAGCAGGUUCGCGGCACCUACUAAUGCUGAGAAGGACGUCUAUGGACAGAUAUCUAGGAAUGGUAAGAAAACGUACUCGUAUACCAAUCAUGCCGCAGAGUCUGACAACUUGUGAGCAAGCCAGAUGUGGAAACCUGCCUCCAACUCGUACCAGAAGUGGGCAGCUAUGAAACUUAACUUUAUAUCCAUUAUGUUACCUUUCUAAAAGAAAACUUUCUCAAAAAUGUCUUUUCGAGGGAGUGUUGGAUUUCCUCCACUGCCAAUAGCAAGGUUUGAGUUACCUAGAACUAUGAAUGUUGUGGAUAUUCGGUGAACUGUAUUGAACAUUCUUGUUUUAAUUAAAUGUGUGAUUUUUAGGAGCGGGGUGGGGCUUUACUGGCUGCAUUUAAGUGCAAGUGAUGGGACAGCAGGCUCUGAGAGUAUAUAUGGAACGAACACUGAGAGGUGGGAAGGCAAGUUCAAUUGAUUGGCAAGAAUAUUCCAAAUCUGAUUGCUACUUCAGUACUACGUACAAAAACAUGCAUAGCUGUGAAUUGGUGUGGUGGGAGAGGGUGGCCUGGAAGAAAAGGGUACGGGGAAGUAGUCAGUGAUGUAUAUUAAUUGCCCAGGUCCAUGCAAGCUGCAGUACUGUACAAGAAUUGCGUUAGUUUGUGAGCUGCAGUGUUGUACAGGGCUUGCUCACUGUACAGGAACAACCUUAGUUCAUGUGCACUGCACAGUGUUGUACUAGAAUGGCUGGGUUCUGUGCAGACUGCAGUCCUGUCUAGGAAUCGCAGGGUUUCUAGAAUGAAGUACCCUCUGAAGUACUGGAUUGGCUUUCUGCAGCAGGAGGAAAAACCACAGGUUCAGACUGACUCCUAAUUUCUACCAUUAUCUGUUGGGAACAUGCCAGUGUAGUUCCGUCACUUCAUUGUUAGUUGACCAGUUCUGCAGCGUGGGGCUGCUUUGAGAGUGUGGUGUGGAUUCUAACAAAAGUGAAUAUCAUCCUGCCAAUUAUCCCAUACCCUUCAAGCUUUCUAAAGGAGUUGUCAGUGUGACUGUGGCAUAAACUUAAAAAUAUUCACUCAGCAUGGCAUUGGCUUGAAAAUAUCCAGCACCUAUAAGCUUUUCAAUUCUCCAGAAUAUUGAUUUCUGAAGGAAUCCUGUUGUCCAUUAGAAAUUUAGUUUGUGCAUGCAAAAGUUGUAACCAGAUUAUUCCCCUGAACAUUAUCAUCAGUUAAAGGAAAUGGGAAGGGAAAAGUAAGAACCUAUUGUUUAAACUGUUAAUCUUAUCUGUGAAUAGUGAUUCCAUAACAUACCAUGCCACAUAUGUAAAUAUAUAAGCAAAUGUUCUUCGUGUAAGUAACACAUUUGCAUUGAUCUCCAUGGCCUAGCAGGAAAUCAGCUGGUAAAAGUUGAUUGUCUCCAGUCCUCCCUUUUGACCUCUUUUUGAAUAAUGAUACUCCAUAUUUAGUUUAUUUGGAGACUUGCAAACAAUGAAAAAGCAGUUAUCCUACAAAAAUUCCCCAGUACACUCUUGCUCUUUCUAAACCCUUUAAAAUAACUGUUCCCAUUGAUUGGAAAUUAUAAGACAUGGAGGACAAUUUGGAAAUGUUCUCCCAAUUCUGCUGUUUGUAAUUGUUCCUGACCAAUGAUUGGCAAGGGUUUUGGUCAAGAAAACUGGGCAGGAGGAAGAAGAGUGUGAAUUAAUGCUGUCCAUCUCUAAACUCCAAACUUGAAUGCCAGGUGCCAAAUUUUAAGUACAUGCAUAAUCUGCACCUUGCUCAAUUGAAGCUUUUAUUGAUGCCUCAAGGUUUGCUGAGCUCUGGACCAACUGAAGUUUUCUUCUCAGAAUCUUCUAUGGGGUGUAAAACCAGUUGCAUGAUGGAGCUUUUCAAAGGUUGAUGGCUAGUUGGGCUGUAAUACCCAUCUUGUGUGUGUUUGUGUCAGACAUGUCUUUGUUACACUUGAUAUUUUUAAACAUACCUCUUUAUUUUCCAUCUAAGCUGUAUAUAUGUAAAGGUUAGGAUUCUAUUGUGAGCAUGCUUUAUAAGUAUGAUUGUGGAUAGGGUGGGACUCGGGGUAGAUUUUGAGCUUUGAUUACUCAGUGACUUCAGUCCGGUAUCGCUUCUGGGAUUGAACACUGCUAGGCCAAAACUGUAAAGGUAGUGCUCCAUUGGGAUGAUCAGUGUUUGGUUCAGGUGGAGAGCAUUUCUAGGGCAGCUGAAAUGAAGGAGUUAUUCUGGAAUGCGAAGCUCCUUAGAUGUCAGACCGGUUACUUUUCACAUCUUUUAAUUGGAGUUGCACAGAUUUUCAACGCCUACAUUGGGCAAUUUCAGAUGUGCAUUCAAUUUUCAGUUGGAAGAGAGAUUUGAAGUUUACACCUCAAAACUCCAGGAGCUAUACUGUGGCAGGUACAGCAAUCCAAGACCUGUAUAUAAACCAGACCAUGAAUGAGCUGGUAAGCACAAGCUCAACCUAUUGACUAAGAUGUUGUCAUUGAAUCUACUUAGAAAGAAAUGGCAUUAACAUUUUGAUUGCAGGGCUAGGAUGUAUAAACUAUUAUUUGCUUGUUUGAAUUCCUCAUGUUAUUAGUAAUCAUGAAACCAUUCUGCUGCGAUCUGAAACCUAUUUAUUGUAUCACCAUUUCUCUCGCCCUCUGUAUCACAAGUAAUUUGAUUCACUGCUAAUUAUAAUAUCUAUAACCAGCUGAAUACAACUCCACUCCCUUUUGAGGAUUGCAGACUAUAUUUAAAGCAAAUGCAUAUUUUUUUGUAUCAAACUUCUUUUCAUUUACAAUAUUGGUCUUAAACCACAUGUGCUUUAUAAAAAGAUUUUGAAAAUUGCCAAAUUUAUAACCACUAAGGAAAUGUUGUGAAAUAUGUUGUUGGUGUAAUCUGUACUUGAAAAUGAUCUGAAAGGAAAUAAAAUAAAAUUUAAAUG